CUCCGAUGUUUCGAGGACCUUCACCUCGGCGAAUGCGGAGGGACCAGAUCGCGUGCGGUGGUCGCCAGAAUGCCUAGGGCUUCUUCGCUGCUCUACCUCGUCGCCAUCAGCGUCUCUCCCUCUCCCUCUCGCUGUCACGAAGCCGUGUGACCGACUGCAGAAACCCUAGGCUCUCCGACUGUUUAGUGCUUUCCAGAUAGGAUGAUCCUCCGGACCCCAGUCCCGAAGAAGAGAAGGCCUGAAUCGGUCGUAGAAGACCUUCAUAGCCCUGUAUCUGACCGCCGCCUUGUGCGCUACGAGGAACCUGGGCCAAUAACAGCUGUCGAACCCUCCGAUGAGAUGGUCUGCACCUACCACUGCCGCCAGAUGGUUAAGUCAGAGUUCAUGGCUGCUUUAAAUAAUGCUGAGAAGCAAGUAGCUGAGUAUCAAGCCAAAUUGGAGUUGAUGAACAACGAGUUGACUCAAAGUGAAGAUGAGAGGACCAAAUUCCGAGAUAGUAUUUUAUCAUUGGAGCAAAAACUUGAGGCGUCAAAGGGGCGUGAACAAGCUUUGCAGAAGAGAUUGUUGAAAGAAGUGGAUGAAUUCAUGGAACGGUAUAAGGAACAAGUAAAACAAUGCAGUGAACUUGAGGUGCAACUCAGUAAAGAAGUUGAUUCUCGUAAGAAAGCUGAAUUAUCAUUUACAUCAGCAAAAGAGAGAGCAACAGAUUUAGAAGGGAGGCUUCAGAGAUUAUCUGACAGUGCUGAGAGGGAGAAAAAUAUUAUCAAGGAAGAACGUCAACAUCUGCAAGAUGACUCUAAGCUCUCUGCCCGUAAAAUGACUGCUGAUCUUGAGCGCAUGACUCUCAGGGCAGAAAUUUCAGAAAGAGAAUCAGAGUUGCUAAAGAAGCAGUUGAAUGGUUUGAGGAAACAGCUAGACGAGUGUCUUUGUGAGAAGAAUGCGCUGGAGCAAAAGCUUGCAACAUAUCCCAUUCCAUCGCAGGAAAGCACUUCCUCAGAAGAUAAGAAUUUGGUCAAAUAUUUACAAGAGCAGAUCCGAGGCUAUGAGGCAGAGGUACAAGAAGCUAGGAAAUUUAAAGCAUUUCACACUAAUAGUGAGUUAUUGAAGGAAAAACUAAUACAGGAAAAAGGGCGAAGGGAAAAAGUGGAAGUUGAGUUAUCUAAAUUGCAGGAUGUGCAACUUUCUGCUCAAAAGCUGGAGCUUGAGCUUGUCUCUUGGAAAUCCUUGCUUGAAGAGCUGCCGGAUGUCUCAUCUCUCAGCGAUAUACCCAAAAAAUUUGCAGCACUGCAGAAGGAAGCAAUUCAAAAUAUGAUGGAGGUUAGUGAGUUAAAAGCACAGUUGAAACAGUUAGAGGUUGCUCUAGAGUUGGGAGAGAAUAAAAGACAACACUAUGAAAAGGAGUCUUGCUUGGAAAAACAAAGAGCUAAUAAUGCUGCUUUGGAGGCUAAAAGGCUACAGAUGAUGCUCUCUUCUGUUACGGAAGAAAGAGACAGGCUGAAGAAAGAAGCUGCUAUGCUUAGUAAACUGAAAAAUUCACAUGAAAGUGGACUACCGAAUGAAACUUUAGUCAAGGAUUUGGAGUCAUCUCUUGCUGAUCGAGAAAACACAAUCAAAGAACUGCAAACUAAUUUGCAUGAACAACAAGGAGUUGUUAAUCAUCUACAUGAUGAACUCAAGAUAUUGAGUGAACAGCUAAGUAGCGAGGCAAGAAGAGUAAAGUCGUUGGAGCGAGAGGGUGACCGCUUACGUGCUGAGAUCUCUCUUCUGGAAUCGAAGCUGGGCCAUGGGGAUUAUUCUGCUGCGAAUACAAAGGUGCUGCGCAUGGUGAAUACUUUAGCUGUUGACAAUGAAACCAAGCACACGAUAGAUUCAUUGAGAGAGGAACUGAAGAAGACACAAUCAAAGCUACAAGCCAUUGAAGAACUAAAAGGACAGUCUGAUGCUGCUAAUAUAAUAGAUGAUGGCAUACCUGAAAAGCUAGCACAACUAAAAAGUCAGAUUGCAACACUUGAGAAGCGUGAAGAGAGAUACAAAGCUGUUUUUGCUGAGAAAAUUUCCAUUUUCAGAAGGGCCUGCUGCUUAUUGUUUGGAUACAAGAUUGUUAUGGAUGAUCAGCAACGGGCUGAUGGAAUUCAUGUCACACGUUUUAUUCUACAAUCUAUAUAUGCUCAAAGUGACGAUGAAAAGCUCGAGUUUGAGUAUGAAUCUGGAAAUACCAACAUAUUGGCUAAUGACUACUCUUCUCAACCAGAAGUAGCUCAACAGAUUGAAAUAUUUAUUAAGAAGAUGAACUCGGUUCCUGCAUUUACUGCAAACUUGACAAUAGAAUCAUUCAACAAACGUACCUUGAGCUAAUGAAGGCGUUUGCAUCAAAUGUUGAUGGAAUCAUGCUAGCUGAAAGAUGUCAGUCUUUGGUUCUCACAUUACGAGGAAUACAGAAAAGCUGUUUUUUUUUUUCAAUUCUCUCGUGCAAAGACUAAGCUAGAUGUGAUUGAUAUAUGAUGAAGAAAUGAUUGGAUCCAUUGUUUUUGAUGAUCAUAGCUCUGUGGAAGAAAUGAAAGGAUCUAAUGUUUUCUUGCUUGUAUAAUAAAUCCUACCUUGGAGUAGGUGCUAUAUGGAUUAUGAUGGAUUUGCAGAUCGAAAAUUAUAUAUGUAUAUGGCGAAGUGAUGCACUAGUGUUUCAUUUCAUUGUAAUAAUCGGUUUAGCUUUGGUGUUUA